AUGAUAAUAUUCAAGAGGAUGCUACGAACAGGCACCUCAGGAGUAAGAGUGAAGGCAUUCACUCCGAAAAAUACCAUCUUCACCGAAUUCGAACAUAAGAAAAGUGCAUAUGAUCUAAUCGUUAAUAAUUUAGAAGAUGAUGAAGAUGAACCGAUUAUUAUCGUGCCGCCUAAGAUUCUUCGGGGUGCAUACCAGAUAAGUCGAAGUAAUGAGAUGUUAUUCUCACCCAAGACGGAGUUCUAUCGAUCGAAACAUAUCAAUCUUCGAAUCAUGGGAUUCAAUGAUGAUACGAAUAAAUACGAUGUGGACUUAUUUAAACCAGUUGAUAUUUUAAAGACUAAGUUUCUUACUAGUCUAACGAAACGGAAUGAAAUAUUUGCCUCACCAACUCGACAAUUCGUACGAUAUUUGUUUUUAAUUGAACUUCUAGGUCGAUCAAUCUUCAGAGAAAUCGUGAUGAGAAUGGCAUUAUAUAAAGAUAUCACUCAUCCAGAUAAAGAAUUCAAGCGUAUCAUGGGUAGAUUCAAUCAGACGUAUUAUUAUACUGAUGAUUUCCGAUUAUACAUGGAUUACAACGAUCCCAAUUCAAAACUUAUUCAUGAUGAUAAGAUCCUUGAUUUAAAUAUCGGUAGUAAACAUCGACAUAUCAUACCUAGUUUUACUCAUUUAGGAUUCAAAUAUUUAGAAAAUGAAACGAAUAUGAUGGAAUUAAGUAAGAGGAUAAUUGAUCUGUGUUCAAGUUCAGAUAAAUCAAUUAGUUCUAUAUCGGAUGGAAUUAUCCUACAACAAUCAUUACAAGAUUUUAAAUCAUUCGUGGAGCCGGCAUUAAUUAGAAAUACUCAAUAUUUAACUAUAAAUAAUUCCUUAUUCGCCACUACCAAACGACGUCAUUUAUUACCUAAAUUCAAAGGAAGAUUACCUCCAUUAAUGAAAUUAACCAACCCAACUCAAACUAGUUUCUUAUUAAAGGCAAGUUUUAUCGAUACCAAAUUCACUCAUUGGGAUAACAAGACUCAAUAUAAAUUACAUAAAACCACGGUUUACUUAGAUAAAUUAGGUGAUCAUAUCUUAAAGAGAUUAGUAGUGGAAUACCUUAUUCAAUUAUUAGAUCGAAACACCAAUUAUGUUGCAUCAACCACCGAUUUUUAUUUCUUAAUUUCAAAUCCAUUAUUUGGAAGAUUAGCUAUGAUUUAUGAUUUACACAAAGGAUUAAUUCAUCCUGAUCAUCAGCGACAAUUCGAAGCCAAUCUCAAUGCCAUUGAAGAUACAACCAGCGUCAGUAAGAUUUAUCGUCGAUAUGAAGUUUUGGGAGAUUUAUUUGAAAGAUUAGUGGCGGUUUAUUAUCUUGAUAAUGAACAAAAAUGUCGAGAAUGGGUAUUUAAAGUGUUUGAUCAUAUAUGUGAUGAAUUGAUGGUGAAUGAAAGGGGCUUUCUUGUGUUGGAUAAACAAAGAUAUAUUGAUGAAUCAGUAGCGGAUGCAGCAAUGUAA